AUGGCGACCACUAUGCAAAUAUGGCAAUACUCCAGCCCCGUUGAGAAAAUCGAGGACUCCUUGGCCAUCAAGGAUCAAGUUCCUAUUCCUCCACACUCCUCAUUGGGCAAAGAUGAAAUGCUCAUCAAAGUCAUCACGGCUUCCAUCAGCCCAGUCGACUACAAGCUUCCCGAGUCGGGCAUCAUUGGAAGGAUCAUGAUUCCCAACCCUGCAACGCCAGGACUCGACUUUUGUGGUCGUGUUGUCCACAAACAUUCCUCGAUAACCGGAUUUGAAGAAGGCCAACUCGUAUUUGGAAGCCACGCAGGUCAUAACCAGUUGGGAACGCUUGCACAGUAUACUGUUGUCUCUGCAGCCUGCUGCGCGCUGCUUCCAGAGGGUAUCGAUCCAGACGAUGGCGCUGCUGUAGGAACAGCGGCAACCACUGCGUAUCAAUCCUUGAUGCCGGAUAAGCUACCACCAGCUGCGAAUGUCUUCAUUAAUGGAGGCAGUGGCGGUGUUGGAACAUGGGCUAUUCAGCUUGCCAAGGCCAUGGGCGCCAAAAUCUCAACAACCUGCUCAACAAAAAACCUGGAUCUAUGUCAACGUCUUGGCGCCGACCACAUCAUUGACUACACCAAGAAUGAUGUUAUCGAAUUCCUGAAGGAUCAAGGUGCUGUCUACGACCUUGUGAUUGACAACGUGGGAAAUCGACCAGAACUUUACGACAACAGCCACCUGAUGCUCAAGGCCGGUGGAACAUUUGUUCAAGUUGGUGUUGGGGAGUCUAUGUCACUGAAGGGCGUCGCAUCUACCAUGAAGAAGCAGAUCUGGCCGUUUGGAACCCCUCGCUUUUACUUUGUCAAUAUGAAGAACUCGGCCGAGUUUUUCCAGGUCAUUGGGCGGUGGCUGGCAGAAGGCAGGGUGAAGCCAGUGAUCGCGGCCCAGUUUGAUUGGAAGGAUGUUCCAGAAGCUUUCCGACUGCUGCGAGAGGGUCGUUCUGCUGGAAAGAUUGUGGUCAAUGUCAGUCAAGAUUUGUAA